CACACACACACUCAGGUGAUAACCACAGACCAGCUUGGUGUGACCCGCUCUUCCACUCUCUCCUCCAAGGAGUCCCAAAUAAUCUCGUACUUCAGUUAGUCCUUUGAUCAUUUACUUCAAAGAGCCCUAUCAUCAACCUAUUCUUCAAAGAGUCAUUUUAUCAACCUGUUCUUCAGUACUGUGAUCAAUCUGUCCUUCAAUAAGUUCUUUGAUCAACCUACUCUUCAAAGAGUCCAGUGAUCAACCUGUUCUUGAAUGGCUAGUGUGAUCACCCUGUACUCUAAAUAGUUCAGUGAACUAUCAAAUAUCCAAAUAGUUCUGAGAAGUACCCUUACUCCAAACUACCUCGUGUAAAAACUCUCCAGUCAAACGUCUCUCCUUAAAAAUGUGUGACAAGCAAGAACAGGCAGUGAAUGGCAGGCAAGCAGAGAAUACAGUGAAUGGCAGGCAAGCAGAAGAGGCAGUAGAUGUGAAGCAGUCAGAAGAGGUGAAUGAGGCUCCACAGAAAACAUAUCGAAGUCUCAUCACAGAGUCGCACGUCAAACAAGCUCUGAAGGCACAACAAGGCAGCAGUGCACAGCUGCUCUCAUGGACUGUUACAGACUUCACUAGCAAGGGCGACAACUACGCAUGCAUCGUGACAAGUGUAGAUGUUUGUUAUCAUAAAGAAGGAAAAGACAGGAAAACCUCAUUUGUAGUGAAAUGUAAUCCAUGUCGCGCCCUCCAAAUAUUCAAUGAAUUUGCGACUACAGUUUUUCAGAAGGAGGCGGGAUAUUACCUGGAACUUUUGCCCUUACUCAACGCUCAGCUCAGUCUUGUAGGACGUGAACCAGUACGGGCUCCUCACUGCUAUUUUGCUCAUAUUACUGAACAAGAGGAAGUUAUAUUUCUUGGAGAUUUGCGCCCGGAAGGUUUCAAAAUGUUUGACCGUAUGAAAGGAAUGGACACGGCCCACGCUGUCCUUGUCCUCAAGGAACUAGGUAAACUUCACGCUGCCUCUAUCUUAUAUCAGAAAGAAACAUCAGUAGUAUUGGAAGACAAGUACACAUAUAUUCAGAAAGACUUUCACUCAAUAUUUGGAGGCGAUGACUUUAAGAAAAUGCUUACUUCACAAGCCGAGAAUGCAGCAGAGAUAGCAGAGAGAAUCGGUGGGUACGAAAAAGUCGCUGAUUGGCUGAAAGACUUUGCACCAAAUAGCAGCGACGUCUUCCUGGAACAAAUAAAGAAGUGUCCUCCCUUUGAUGUGCUUUGUCAUGGUGACUGCUGGAACAACAACAUCUUGUUCAAGUACGAUGAGACAGGCGUCCCGGUCGAUGUAAGACUGCUGGACUUCCAAAUCAGUCGCAAAGCCUCGCCAGCCACAGACCUCAACUACUUCAUGUACACCAGUUUCAAUGGACAUCUCUCCAUGUUCCCAAUCAAUUUGUUUUUUUCAUCUCUGAACGUCUUACAACCGUCGAUAUUCCAUUCUGACCAAACUGAAUCCGUCAAGAAACUCACCGCUCAACACUCAUCAUUAAAAUUGAACUCGGAGAAUUAUCAAAUCCAGGCAGCACUGUGGAACGAUCAUGCUAGGAUCCUGCAGCCUGAUUCUGAACACAUGUGUGACAAGGAAGUAGAAGAGACAGUGAAUGGCAGGCAAGCAGAAGAGGCAGUAGAUGUGAAGCAAUUAGAAGAGAAGGAGGCGGGAUAUUACCUGGAACUUAUGCCCUUAUUCAACGCUCACUUCAGCAGUGAUUUAUGUGAACCAAAUCGGGCUCCUCACUGCUACUUUGCUCACACGACUGAACAAAAAGAAGUUAUAUUACUUGACGAUUUUCGUCCGGAAGGUUUCAAAAUGUUUGACCGUAUGAAAGGAAUGGACAAGGCCCACGCUGUCCUUGUCCUCAAAGAACUCAGUAACCUUCACGCUGCCUCUAUAAUAUAUCAAAAAGAAAUAUCAAUAGUUUUAGAAGACAGGGGAAAAUCACAAGAAGAACUUGUUUUUGGUUUUUUAAUUUGGGGUGAUGGGGUUUUGGGCCCAUUGGGGGUAACUCAGGCAGGGGAGGUGAUGGAUCUGGAUGAUAUAACUGAUGGAGACUAUGAAACGCUUGUAAAGGAGCACAGGGAAAGGAUGUUGAAACAGUUGGACAGUAAUCCACUUCUGCGACCUCGACUUCUCUCUAUAUUUGAUGAGAUGUUAGAAUAUGGAGUAAUAUCUUAAGUGGUAAUCUUAAACAGAUCUUGUUACGGAGUUUUGGAAAAUAUAGUAUUAGCAAUAGUUAAAGAUUGUUGAAAGAAUGUCUAUGAGGGAAGAAAUGUAUGUAUAUUUAAUAUUUUAGAAACUCAAAUUCAGAUUAAUAAUUUAUUUCCACAUACGUUGUUUGUUCAAAAAAUGAAUAACAGUUAAUAACGCAUGUAGAAAGCCCAUUGUUAUGCAGAGCAUUUCGGGCAAACUUAAGCCUCAAUGAAGACUACAUGAGCAAUAUAUAUAUAUAUAUAUAUAUA